UUUCCUUACUUGUUGGAUAUUAUUUUCAUCAUUAAAAAUUUUUACUUUUUUCUUAAAAUUUUGAAAAUUUCAAAUCCACCUAACCCCUUAAGAAACUAUAAUGAGCUAUUGACGAAUUGCAGACAGCUGUGCCGGUUUGAAAAUAAUGAAAGAGAUAACCAUAAACUGGCAUGGAACGAGUGCGCAAGUCCUGUUUGUGUCAAAACAAUCAACAUCCACCACUAUCAGCACCAGCGCAUAAGCAACGAAGCUAGUUAGACAAUAAUUCGCGGUUAGUGGUGUUUUUCAACGCUUCCAACAAAGUACAAGAAAAUAAAAAACGCAAAGUCAAAGCGGCGGUGAUAAGCAAUUUGAUUGUGCACAUUGAAAUACACAUGAAAACAUAAUAAUACACGAGCAUACAUAAUACUAUUUUAAUAACACUGUACAACCAAGAAGCGCUUCCCACGAUGCUCUACAUGAGCUGCCUCCGGAUACUGCGUGGACCACGCAAAUUUUACCGUUUCCUUUGUGUUAUUCUUGUUUCGAUACCCAUUUCGUUUGUUCUUUUCGCACUGUUUUGCUCGACCAUCUUAAAAAACGUUAUAAUAUCCCACUUAUGUCAAUCUUACAAUUUAAACGAAACCAGUGGCGCUUUUUGUGAAGAAUUCUGCAGCGAAGCGACACCCUUUACAAAUUUUAACUGUAUCGGCGGGACUCUACAAUUUUUUUCCGCCGAAAGAAAUGGCAAUGUUUACGAAUUUCAUUUUGCGACGGAAAAUUAUGACGGUCUGGCAUGGCAAGAUACCGAUGGAAAUAAUGUUUACCCGAAAUCUUCAGACUUACAGCACAUGAUCAAAAUGCAUCUAUUGCUCAAUUAUAAUGUGACGCUGGAAGAUAAUGUGCUAAAACGCCUAAUCAACCAUGAAAUCGAUGAAAAUCAACCAAGCCAAAUACAACAGUUCUGGUGGCUUUUCAACAACAAUGACUAUUUGAUGACCAAGCUCUUCGAAGAUGAAGCGUUAUUUCCAACUAUACUGGGCAAUUGCGGUUCCAUGUAUGCAACGGAGCAAUUAGAGAUACCAUCGAAAUCCAAUCGUCCACAUAAACACUUCAACUUCAAAACAUUGUACGAAUAUAUUUUGCGCUUGGAUAUGAUGAAACCAGAUCCAGUGAAAAUCUGCCGUAUCAAAUUGGAGAAUUUUGGUUUAACGGCAGAUGCCAGACUCAAGGCGGUGAACGCAGACUACAUGAAGCUGGAGAGUCAACUGCACAAGCGGCUGGUGAACGGUGCCGCUUGCUGGUACGACAGCGAUUGUGACUGGCAUGACUGUCGCGGUAGCUGCCAGCAACGCAUAUGCCGUGAGGCGCCUAGACAUGAUAAUAUCCAACUCUUAUGUGAUUAUGUGCAGAUAUUUAGAGAACGAUUUGAGGACUUGCUCGUACAGCCGGGGAUGCAGCAAUUCUAUGAGGAGAAGUGCAAACGAAAGUAUACACCAUACCAUUUGUAGAUGCUGGCAAGCAAAGAGCCUGAGAUACAAACAUACUUUCUUCAUUUUUACAUUUAUAUAUACAAUAAAUACAUCCAGACAGGUCAUACUUACAUGCUGCGAUACAUGAGAUCAUAAGUACAUAAUGACUUCCUGUUAUACAUAAGCAUACAUACAAACAAAUUGACAUGUUGACAUAUGUACAUACUUAAAUACUUAUAUAUGACAGCGUUGCUCUUCAUGAUAAGUAUUUAACUUUUUAUAAAAAAACAACAAAUACUCAUUGCCAAAACUAACUGUAAACAAAUACUCUUGUAUACAUACAUACGUACAAAUCAUAUAUGCCAUUAGAUUUUUUUGAAAAGCUCCAAAAUCGCCAAUAUCACUUUAUUUACAAAAAUGAAAAAGAAAAAAUCUUUACAUGGAAAAUAAAUAAUGUUCGUACAAGCAA